CUUUUCUUCGCGUAUGAGACAACUCGCAAAGCCAUGUUGCUGCUGGCCUUCGUUUCAAAGACAAGGUAGGUCGCAGUGAUGCUUGAUCAUCGAUAAGAGCAAUGGAGGGGCAAGCUGUGGAAAGCUCCAAACCUUUGCAUACUUUGCAUGAGGGGAGAGGAGCGUGAACUGACUGAAGAAGCUGAAGUACUUGAAGAUCUUGAAACGAGUGAGCUGGCCUGUGUAGACUUGUACGGGCUCGUAUCUCAGGUGCAGCUCCGUGGCAAGCGCUUGGCAUUUCUUUUCAUUUCUUUGAUCGGCACUGAUGCGCUGCAGAGAGUGGUCUUUGAUCGGCGGCGCUUUGAUGAGAGCAGCGCAUUGGGAUUUCCGACCGAAGGCUCCUGCGAGCAGUGUGUGCAUAUCCUUGCAGAAUCAGCGCUGGAAUCUUCAGACCUGUUUGCCAAAAGAUGGGAAAUCUUUUUACCGGCUGCAACUUUGCCUCCCAUCAGCAUGGCGACCUCGAAGCCUGGCAAUGCCUUGGCCCUAGCCUUACUGGCCUCGCUCCUGUAUUUUCAUCCAAACUGCCUUGCAUUGUGCGCAAUGAUGCGCAUUGUGCGGUAG